AUGGGGCAGACUUGCUGUAAGAAACGUUAGACCAAGAAGAGUCAUUAGAGCUAGUCAUCAAAAAUGGUUCUUGGCGAUUCGCAUUAAAUGAUACUAACAAAUUCAAAUAGUUUUUAAUCACAAUAGGGGUUGAAGCAAUAUAAAUAAUUAUGCUCCCUAUUGUAAUUAGUAGGAAGUCUGGAUUAAUUAAAAUAAAGGACUAGAGAUCAGAUAAGAUAAUUAUUUUCAUAAAAAAAUAAUUGCUAAAUAAUAAUAUAAAACAAAGUAAGGAGAGAGUUAAGAAAUUAAGGGUUGAUCAGACCCCCUCAGGAAGAUGACGAGUACUUAUUAAUCUAGGAUAAAAAGUUCAAUAAAUCAAUACAAACUUAAUUAAUAAUAGUGGCUGAAACUAUUAGAACAUUACAAUAAGAUCAAGAGUUUCAGCUGAAGUUUCCCACAUUGUGUGUAUCCUUCAUGGAAUUGGCAGAUAGCAUUCAAUCCAACGAUUUAUGA